AGACUAAAGCCUUAAAAAAAGGUAUAAAGUAAACGAUGAUGGGCGGUAUCGGUUUCCCGAGUCGUUCUUGCCCACAUCCAGGAAGGGCCCGCUUUCUCGACGAUGUUGACCUUGCUCGCGACAACAGCAUGUCUUCUGAACGUGAUUUACGCGCAAUCCAGCAGUUCGGCCGCCUCGGUCACUCAACCAACAUCAGUUACUGGCACUAGUGGCUCUAUCUCUCAGAUCCCUGUGUCGACAGUUGUAGCCAGUCCAUCCGCAGCAUCUUCUGCAACAUUGCCUUCUCAAAUUCCGCCUCUCAGGCAACCAUGGUGCCCAUCUGAAAUCUUCUGUCCUGGGAAACUUUUGCAAGAUGUCAACCUUGCGAGCCUAUACGUAGACCCUAAGACAUUUGUGGACAAGCCCACUGUCGGAACAGAACAACAAGUGUUAGAUGCAUUGAACGCCCUCGGUCAAAACGCGACUGUUGGUCAACUGCAAAAUUUCGUCGACACCAACUUCAAGGGAGAAGGACUCGAGCUCGAAGCCGUGGUUUUGUCAGAUUUCAAUGAGAGUCCACCCUUCCUCAACAAUGUCACCGACCCGCUCGUGAAAGCAUGGUCCAAAACGGUUCACGGUUUCUGGAAUCAAUUGGUACGCACAACCAACAGAUCUGCGUUAUGUGACGGGAGCAACUGUGAAAGCACCCUGAUCCCCCUCAAUCACACUUUCGUCGUUCCAGGCGGUCGCUUCCGGGAACAAUACUACUGGGACAGUUUUUGGAUUGUUGAAGGUCUACUCGAAUCGCAGCUUUUCAGCAUCGUCAACGACACUCUGCAGAAUUUCAUGGAUGAAAUCAACAGCAUAGGUUUCAUUCCGAACGGUGGAAGGAUUUAUUACUUGGAUCGAUCACAGCCUCCCCUCUUCACCCAGAUGCUUGCACGAUAUGUGACUGUAACAAACGAUCGUAGUAUAUUGGCGCGAGCGCUGCCCCUCGCUGAGAAAGAAUUCCAGUGGUGGCAGACGAACCGCACUGUGAACGUGACAAGCCCUUUCACGAAUAAAACUCAUUCGAUGGCUCGUUAUGCGGUAGCCAACACUGCACCCCGCCCCGAGUCUUAUCUUACUGAUUAUCUAACUGUUAACGGCCCUAACAUGACUCUGAAUGAAACUCAACGAUCCGAUAUUUACGCCGAACUCGCUACCGGAGCUGAGUCUGGCUGGGACUAUACAGCUCGGUGGCUCACGAACAUCACUCAACACACUGCAGACUUGACAAAACUGAACCUUCGGAGUACCAUCCCGGUGGAUUUGAACAGUAUUCUCUAUCGCAAUCAUCUCCUCCUAGCCGAUCUGCAUGGGUCUUCGGACACCGCAGCAGCGGAGAGGCAUCGUGCGGCAGCUGCGAGUCUCAAGGACGGUAUUCUUGACUUAUUCUGGGACUCUAAAAAGGUUGCGUUCUAUGACUUCAACCUUAAAACCAACACAAGAAACAACAUAUUCUCUACCGCCGCGUUCUAUCCUUUCUGGAGUGGAAUCAUACCCGAUGAUGUGUUGGCAAGUCAAGACAAGGCUUUCGCCGCCUUCUCCUCCAUCAACCUAGUCAUGAACCGGUACAAUGGAACAUACCCUACUACUUUCGUUGAUACUGGGUUGCAGUGGGAUGCACCGAAUGCCUGGCCUCCGCAUAACUACAUCGUCCUUCAAGCCCUUCGCGCUCUUCCUUCCAACAUCACAAGCAAUGCACUACCGAACCCAGCAAACGGUCAAUCCAGUUUCAGCCUCAUCCCUUCAGAACAAUUAGGUCUUGAAGAGUCCCAGCUCCCCGGUCAACCCGUGACGACGACCUCCAAUGCGACUACGACUGGCUCCGGGGCGGAUGUCAAUAGAUUGAACGGAACUGUGGUCAACGGUGGGAAUGCCACGCAAGGUGAAGGUUGGGGUCAACAGUUACAGCGGGAGUUGGCGAAUCGGUAUAUCACGAGUGUUCUUUGUAGUUGGCAUGCUACUGGUGGAUCGAUACCUGGCAUUCUACCAAAAUUAUCGGACGCUGAGUUGAACGUCACACAAAGUGUUGGGAAUACCGGUAAUAUGUUCGAAAAAUUCUCCAACCUUGACGUCGACUCUGCAGGCCGUGGUGGUGAAUAUACCGUUCAGGCAGGAUUUGGAUGGACAAACGGAGUUGCGUUGUGGGUGGCAAGCAAUUACGGAUCUCUCUUGGUUACACCACAGUGUCCCAGCUUGAACCAGUCCGUUUCGGCUGCUGGUGGUGGUGGGUCCGGCUCAGGUGGUUCUGGUUCUGGUAGUGGUUCUGGUUCAGGUGGCUCGGGUGGUGGUAGCAACGGUGUUGUCGGACUUGCGACUCGGAGUUCGAUGAUAGCCGUGAUUGGUAUGACCACUUUGGUUGCGAUGACCUUGAUGUAAGGGGUGGGUUGCGUUAUCCUUAUCCUUAUCCUUCCGAAGGACACCUUCUGCCAUUUUAUCCAAAA